AACUUAUCUUGCAACCUCAUUGAUGGUUAGUCAGAACAGAAAACAGUGGAAUGGCUGAAGCUGAUGCAGUGUACAUUAAUGCUGGGUUCACAAAAUCAAAGGGAAAUGCCACAGUUGAGAUGUUGAACAGCGAGCCAUCAGCAGAGCUGCCUGGCUCCCAACAACAAGCAGCUGGAGGGUCAAAGGUCACAGCAGAGAGAGUGGCUGUAGUGGUUCUCCUGACUGCUGCUGUCAUUGCUUUUGGUUAUACCCGUUAUGAACACCAUCAAACCACGGAACAUCUCCAGAAGCUGACUGAUGAGAAUGCAGCCAUGAGAAAGAAUAUCACAGAGACACGCUGUGAGGUGAUAACGGUGCAGAAACCCUGUCCACAACCUCCUGUGGAUACAUGUCACAAAUGUCAAGAAGGCUGGGAGCAGAAUGGACCACAGUGCUACUUUUUCUCCACUGAUAAAUUAAUCUGGGAAGAGGCCAGAGAGAAAUGCCGACAGAAUGGAGCAGAUCUGGUUAAGAUAGAGAGCGAGGACAAGCAGUCAUUCCUGAUACAGAGACUGAGAGACAAGAUGGCAGAGGAUGAGGACAUGUUCUGGAUAGGACUGACAGACUCAGUGACAGAGGGCACAUGGUUGUGGGCAGACGGGACACCACUGAACGAGAGUUUGACAUUUUGGAGUAAGGUAGAGCCAGACAACUGGAACGGGGAGAAUGCAGAUGGAGAGGACUGUGUGAGGAUGGGAACACAAACUGGAUCAGGCCUGAAGUGGUGGUCAGAUAAAUCCUGCACAGCACCUCAGAAACGUAUUUGUGAGAAAUCAGUGGAAACCGGAAUGAAUGUUUAAGUUUCUGUCGGUGUGACGGUUAUCAAAAUGUUUGACUGUGGAGCUCAGUGGUUUUAUCCCCAGAUAACUGCUGUUUACAUUUUCAAAUGCUUCUUAAAAAAGAUAAGCUACAGGGAACAGAGAGGAGCAGGGAUGAUGUAUGUAUGCAGGCCGGUGCUGUCGACAGAAAGCCUUUGGGAUUUAUGAUACUUACAUGUUUUUUUCAGCCAGAUAAAUUUAACCACUUGAGGAAGGGGUGCACUCCAAAGAGAGGAGUGGCAUUUGAGUGUUGUGUCAAACUGAGGUGAAAGUUGUAUUUUGCCCUUCGUGGGAUUAAGGCUGAACAUGUUCUUUUAUUUUUUUGUUUAUUUGUUUUAAUUUCCAAUUUUGUCCAUUUUGCCACUUGGGACCUUAUUUUUUAAAAACUCUGCAUGCUGUUGAUGAUGAAAGAAUAAUGUUUUUGCCACUGUUUGAAUUGUGCAAUAAAAUAAACAUGAAACAUGAAAGUUUGUCCAAAAAAAUCAUGUUUUAGGGUGAAAUGACGCCAUGUUGCUCAACAGGUCACCAACAUGGUCGCCAGCUCCAACUAUCUGACAUGAUGCGUAUUCAAGUAUUAAAAGUAAUUUUCUGCCUGUGAAUGUAUUCAAGUAUAUCAAUAACAGAAGUACAAAUAAACUCUAACUCGAACUUAUAUUCAAUGUAUGUAUAAACUGUAUACUCAGUGUUAAUUUGGCGUAUCGACCAGACCAAUUAUCAGAUAAUAUUCAGCAUUUUUCCGAUUAUCAGAAUCAGGGAUUUUCUUUUUAAUCCAACUGAGGAUAUAAUUAUUUUAAAAAGUGCUUCUUCGGGUCUGAUGCAGCAUGAAAUCUGCAAAGUUAUCUAACGUUAUCAAAUAGAUGUAGUGGAGUAAAAUGUGCAACAUUUGCCUCCAAAUGUGGAGGAGCAGAAGUAUAAAGUAGCAUAACACUGAAAUACUGCUAAAGUUGUACUUUACAGUACAGUACUUGAGUAAAUGAACUUAGUUACAUUCCAUCACUGUACGAUAAUACAAAGUAAGAUAAAGCAAAGAUCACUAUUCAGUAUUUUUAUUAUCUAAAAAUAAAAAUAAAUCUCAAGUCACAACUAAAAGCUUAAACAUUCACUGUUCAAAGGACAAAAACAAAACAAAAGACAUGACAACUGUAAAUCAGCAGAAGACUUAAACUGUUUUCUCUUCUUGAUUUUCUUUUUCUCUUUUAAAGUUGAACAACCUCAGGAGCUGAUCCUGUUCUGAAGUGUUAGACCCGUGUUAGAUCUGCUCUAAGAUCAGACUGAUACAAGUGAGACAGCUUCAAAGAAAAACUGAUUAACAUAGUUAAGGCCUUAAAACAAAGCUACCAUUUCUCCAGACUGGGGAAAUUCCCCAGUUUGCACCAAAAUACACACAAAAAAGAGGAAAUCUGCUUCAGAAUUUGCGGUUUGUUAACUUAAGUAAGUAAAAACAGGAAGGAAAGUCCUGCUUCAUAAACAAUCCACAGCAGCUCGGCUCAGCUACACGUCUGCACUGCACACAGAUUUCACACAGCUGGAAGUUAUCUGGAUCGCUGCUCUUCGCUCUUUUAACCAGUGAAUUCUUACAGACGGCUGCUGGAGUGAACGAAGCCAAAAUGACUGGAUGCAGCAGCUCAGUCAUUCAGGUUUCACAGUUGCAUUCAAGGCAGCAUUUACCCAUAAUUGAAGGAAAACUGGUUGUUGAACUCCAACUUCUAUCUGAACUCUGGCUGGUUGUUUGAGUCCAGAACAGUCUGAUAUGCAGGUCAGCGGUUUACUCCUCAUGAGUCCUUGGCUGUGUAGACUUUUAAACGUGGACAUGAGCCUUCAACAUUCGGCAAAACGUUGAAACAUGAUUUUGUGAAAACCUGCAGAUGUCUUAAUGAAAGAGUUCUGUUUUUUUUGUAGUUUAAAUCAAAAA